AUGUCUUAUAACGACCAGUACUACGAUCCAAACGGAGCCCCUCAAGAGGGUGCUUACUACGCCGACAACUACCAUCCUUCAGAGGAGGUGUUGCAAGGGGGUCAACCUCAAGAGGAGUACUAUGAGCCAAAUGCUCAAGAUCCUUACUAUCAACAUCCGCAACAGGCUGCGGGAUACGAACAGCCGGUGUACGAUUCUUACGACCAGAACUACGCCUCGGAUCCAAACCUGAACCAACAGGGAUACUAUGACCAGAUCCCACGUGCUGUUGGAACAGACCCCGAAGCAUUCUCGGACUUCAGCUAUGGUGGACCUGGCGGAGCUCCCGGCAUUCCAUAUGAUGGAUACGGGACCCAGUACACUCCCUCGCAGAUGUCUUACGGCGGACCCAGAUCGUCUGGUGCUUCUACCCCCAUUUACGGAGCCACACCUUACGACCAGAGCGGGAUCGUUUCGCUGCCUACGGAUCCAUUUCCAGCCUGGACUGCUGAUAACCAGGCCCCAGUCACCAUCGAGCAAAUCGAGGAUGUGUUCAUUGACUUGACCAACCGUUUCGGUUUCCAGAGAGACUCUAUGAGAAACAUCUUCGAGUACUUCAUGGUGAUGCUUGACUCGCGUGCCUCGCGUAUGGCGCCGGCUCAGGCUUUGCUCUCUAUUCAUGCUGACUACAUUGGAGGCGACUCUUCGAACUACAAGAAGUGGUACUUUGCUGCCCAGCUCGACGUUGAUGAUGCAGUUGGAUUCGGUAAUAUGAAGAUGGGUAAGCUCUCGCGCAAGGCUCGUAAGGCCAAGAAGAAGUCCAAGAAGGCCAGACAGGCCGUCGAGGACCAUGCCGAAGACACAGAGAGAACCCUGAACGAUCUUGAAGGCGAUUACUCUCUUGAGGCUUCGGACUACAGAUGGAAGGCCAAGAUGAAUGCCUUGACUCCUCUCGAAAGAGUCAGACAGGUUGCUCUCUAUCUCUUGCUUUGGGGUGAGGCCAACCAGGUCAGGUUUGUACCAGAAUGUUUGUGUUUCAUCUACAAGUGUGCCGAUGAUUAUCUCAACUCGGAGGCCUGCAGAAACAGAACUGAGCCUGUUGCCGAGGGUGACUUCUUGAACCGUGUGAUCACCCCGAUUUACAUUUUCAUCAGAGACCAGGUUUACGAGGUUGUUGAUGGCCGUUACGUCAAGCGUGAGAAGGACCACAACAAGAUCAUUGGUUACGACGAUGUCAACCAGCUCUUCUGGUACCCAGAGGGUAUUUCCCGUAUUGUUUUCGAGGAUGGAACCAGACUGGUUGACAUUCCAACCGAGGAGAGGUAUCUGAGACUUGGAGAGGUUGAGUGGAACAAUGUGUUCUUCAAGACCUAUAAGGAGAUGAGAACCUGGUUCCAUUUGAUCACCAACUUCAACCGUAUUUGGAUCAUCCACAUUUCUGUCUUUUGGAUGUAUGCAGCAUACAACUCCCCAACCCUGUAUACCCACAACUAUGUCCAAGUCUUGAACAACCAACCCUUGGCUUCGUCCAGAUGGGCUGCCACUGCCCUCGGUGGUACCAUCGCCUCCUUUAUCCAGAUUGUUGCUACCAUCUGUGAAUACAUCUUUGUUCCCAGAAAGUGGGCAGGUGCUCAGCGUCUGACCCGUCGUCUUCUCUUCCUCUUCCUGAUCUUUGGAAUCAACUUGGCGCCAGUCAUCUUUGUCUUUGCCUGGGCUGGUCUUCAGACAAAGUCCAAGGCUGCCUUGACUGUUUCCAUCGUGUCUUUCAUCAUUGCCAUUGUAACCACGUUGUUCUUUGCCAUCAUGCCAUUGGGUGGACUUUUCACUCCUUACAUGAACAAGAGCUCCAGAAGAUUCUUGGCCACCGAGACUUUCACCUCAUCGUUCUACUCUCUUAAGGGUUUGGAUAUGUGGAUGUCGUAUCUGUUGUGGGUACUUGUCUUUUUGGCCAAGUUCCUUGAAUCGUACUCCUUCAUGAUUCUGUCUUUGCGUGACCCUAUCAGAAACUUGUCCACCAUGACCAUGCGUUGUGUUGGUGAGAAAUGGUGGGGUGAUGUUACAUGCAAAAACCAGGCCAAGAUUGUCCUUGGUCUCAUGUAUGUCAACGAUUUGGUGCUGUUCUUUUUGGAUACAUACAUGUGGUACAUUCUGGUUAACUGUGUCUUCUCUGUUGGCAGAUCGUUUUACCUUGGUAUCUCUAUCCUGACUCCUUGGAGAAAUAUCUUCACCAGGUUGCCAAAGAGAAUCUACUCGAAGGUGUUGGCCACCACUGACAUGGAGAUCAAGUACAAGCCUAAGGUGCUGAUCUCUCAGGUCUGGAACGCCAUUGUCAUCUCCAUGUACAGAGAACAUCUUCUUGCCAUUGACCACGUUCAGAAGUUGCUCUACCACCAGGUUCCAUCGGAGGUUGAAGGUAAGCGUACUUUGAGAGCACCAACCUUCUUCGUUUCGCAGGACGAUAACAACUUUGAGACUGAGUUCUUCCCAAGAGACUCGGAAGCUGAACGUCGUAUCUCUUUCUUCGCCCAGUCGUUGGCUACGCCAAUCCCAGAACCUUUGCCAGUUGACAACAUGCCAACUUUCACCGUCUUCACUCCUCACUACUCUGAAAAGAUUUUGCUCUCUUUGCGUGAAAUUAUCAGAGAAGAUGACCAGUUCUCGAGAGUUACUUUGUUGGAGUACCUCAAGCAACUUCAUAGUGUUGAAUGGGACUGUUUCGUCAAGGACACGAAGAUUUUGGCUGAAGAAACGGCUGCUUACGAAAACGGCGGGGAGGAGAAGGAUGAUGACAAGAUGAAGAACCAAAUCGACGAUUUGCCAUUCUACUGUAUCGGUUUCAAAUCUGCUGCUCCUGAGUACACACUGAGAACCAGAAUCUGGGCUUCGUUGAGAUCCCAGACUCUGUACCGUACAGUUUCUGGUUUCAUGAACUACGCAAGGGCUAUCAAGUUGUUGUACCGUGUUGAGAACCCAGAGAUCGUCCAGAUGUUUGGCGGUAACGCUGAAGGUCUGGAGAGAGAGCUCGAGAGAAUGGCCAGACGUAAAUUCAAGUUUGUCGUUUCUAUGCAAAGACUCACCAAGUUCAAGCCUGAAGAGUUGGAGAACGCCGAGUUCUUGCUCCGUGCCUACCCUGACUUGCAGAUUGCUUACUUGGAUGAGGAACCUCCAGUGGAGGAAGGUGCUGAGCCAAGAAUCUACUCCGCUCUUAUUGAUGGCCACUGUGAAAUCAUGGAGAAUGGUCGCAGAAGACCAAAGUACAGAGUGCAACUUUCCGGAAACCCAAUUCUGGGUGACGGUAAGUCCGAUAACCAGAACCAUGCUUUGAUCUUUACCCGUGGUGAGUACUUGCAGUUGAUUGAUGCCAAUCAAGAUAACUACCUGGAAGAAUGUCUGAAGAUUAGAUCUGUUCUUGCUGAGUUCGAAGAGCUUGGAACUGAGCAGAUCAACCCAUAUGCCCCUGGCCUUAAGGCUGAGAAUGCCAUUCAACACCCAGUUGCCAUUGUCGGUGCCCGUGAGUACAUCUUCUCCGAGAACUCCGGUGUUCUUGGUGAUGUUGCUGCCGGUAAGGAACAGACCUUCGGUACUUUGUUUGCUCGUACUUUGUCUCAGAUCGGUGGUAAGCUCCAUUACGGUCACCCUGAUUUCCUGAACACAAUUUUCAUGACCACCAGAGGUGGUGUUUCCAAGGCCCAAAAGGGUCUGCACUUGAACGAAGAUAUUUACGCCGGUAUGAAUGCCAUGUGCCGUGGUGGUAGAAUCAAGCACUGUGAGUACUACCAGUGCGGUAAAGGUCGUGAUUUGGGUUUCGGCUCUAUUCUGAACUUCACCACCAAGAUUGGUGCCGGUAUGGGAGAACAGAUGUUGUCGAGAGAAUACUACUACUUGGGUACCCAGUUGCCUCUGGACAGAUUCCUUACAUUCUACUACGCGCAUUUGGGUUUCCACAUCAACAACUUGUUCAUUCAACUGUCCUUGCAAUUGUUCAUGCUUACUUUGGUCAACUUGAAUUCUCUUGCUCACGAAGGUAUCAUCUGUAUCUACGACAGGAAUAAGCCUAUUACCGAUGUGUUGUACCCAUUGGGUUGUUACAACAUGAUGCCAGCUAUUGACUGGAUCCGUCGUUACACUCUUUCCAUCUUCAUCGUCUUCUUUAUCUCUUUCGUGCCAUUGGUGGUCCAGGAGUUGAUUGAGCGUGGUGUUUGGAAGGCAGCGAAGAGAUUCACCCGCCAUUUCGUCUCGUUAUCUCCAAUGUUUGAGGUUUUCGUCGCCCAGAUCUACGCGUCUUCUUUGCUGAAUGACGUUGCUGUUGGUGGUGCUCGUUAUAUCUCUACUGGUCGUGGUUUUGCAACUGCCCGUAUUCCUUUCAGUGUUCUGUACUCCCGUUUUGCCGACUCGUCUAUUUACAUGGGUGCAAGAUGUAUGUUGAUGCUGUUGUUCGGUACAGUUGCUCAUUGGCAGCCAGCUUUGCUAUGGUUCUGGGCUUCUUUGAGUGCCUUGAUGUUCUCGCCAUUUGUGUUCAACCCACAUCAAUUUUCCUGGGAAGACUUCUUCAUCGACUACCGUGAUUUCAUCAGAUGGUUGUCGCGUGGUAACACCAAGUGGCACAGAAACUCGUGGAUUGGUUACGUCCGCUUGUCGAGAUCGAGAGUCACUGGAUUCAAGAGAAAGCUCAUUGGCGAUGACUCCGAGAGAGCUGCCGGUGAUGCUGCCAGAGCUCACCGCAGUAACGUGUUCUUCUCUGAUACUUUUCCAUGUAUCAUCUACACUGCUGGUUGUUUCCUUGCCUAUACCUUCAUCAAUGCCCAGACUGGUGUCAACACUCAGACCACUGUUAACUCGGUGUUGCGUCUUGUGAUCUGUGCUUUGGCUCCAAUUGUCAUUGACAUUGGUGUUUUGUUCUUCACUCUUGGUCUCUCAUGUUGUUCCGGUCCUCUGUUCGGUCUGUGCUGCAAGAAGACAGGUGCUGUGCUUGCCGGUUUCGCCCAUGGUGUUGCCGUUAUCAUACACAUUGUCUUCUUCGUUGUUAUGUGGGUUAUGGAAGGUUUCGUGUUUGCCAAGAUGGUGAUCGGUUUGGUCACCAUGGUGUACAUUCAGCGUUUGAUCUUCAAGUUCAUGACUCUGUUGUUCCUGACUAGAGAGUUCAAGAAUGAUCACUCCAACACCGCUUUCUGGACUGGUAAAUGGUACGGUUCUGGUCUUGGUUACAUGGCCUGGACUCAGCCUUCGCGUGAGUUCUGUGCCAAGAUCAUUGAAAUGUCUGAGUUUGCUGGUGACUUUGUUCUGGGACACAUUCUGUUGUUCUGCCAAUUCCCAUUGCUUUGUAUUCCAUUGGUUGACAAAUGGCACUCCAUGAUGCUGUUCUGGUUGAAGCCUUCUAGACUGAUCAGACCUCCAAUCUACUCGAUCAAGCAGGCCAAACUCAGAAAGAGAAUGGUGAGAAAGUACUGUUCGUUGUACUUCUUGAUCCUGAUCAUCUUUGCUGCUUUGAUUAUUGGUCCAGCUGUUGCCGCUAGUCACGUAGACAUCAACAACGACUUGGACAGCUUGCCCGACUUUGCGGAUGGUUUGUUCCAGCCAAGACACCAGAACAACAACGACACUGGUACCAAGAGCUUGAAGCACAAGUGGACCACUUACUCGUGGACCACCAAGACCAAGCUUAAGACCUGGUCUACCAAGGCUUAG